UAGUGUAAUUGGUGUGACUACGCCCCCGAAUAAAAAUAUAUUUUUCACGUUUUGGAUAUUAAAAAGAAAUUGUAAAAUUUAAUUAGAAGAGAAACAAGAAUUCAAUACACUUAUUGAUAUUUUGUGGACAAUUGUUUAGUGUAGUGAUUUUUUGUUUUAUUUGAUAAAUUAAAAAAGAAUUGUGAAGUGAAGUUGACUAGAGUAGUACGUGGAGUGCCACCGGGUGUUCGUGCCGGUUAAUUUUUUUCUCUCGUCCCCCUUUUUUUUUUAGGUGCUCGCAAUUAUGGCUGUUUUUAUGCUCAACGUUUGUAAAUUCAAUGAUUGUGGUCUUAUAUUCAAGAAUCUUGGACGACUGAUACAACAUAUUGAAGAAAAUCAUAUUGACUAUGAUCCCCAAGUCGUGGAGCAGAAGGAGCGACAACAACCCCCGUGUGUUCCUCUCUCGUAUGUUCUGCGAUUUUUUACCGAUGCAGCUAGAAGAGAAAUAAUGAAGCCUCUUCAUAAUCGAGCCGAUACAUGUAAUAAUUCCUCAUCGGAACGAAUAAAAAAUAGCAGUCCAACAGAAAUCGAUGACGAUUUUACAAGUGAACCGGAAGAUAGUAAUGAUUCUUGGACCACAACUGAAGAUAUAUCAAAUGAUUUUACUUUAAAAUAUCCAAAGAACAAUCGUAACAUAAAUGAGAAAAUUAUUCAUAAAAAAUUCCCAUGUCCUGUGCCUGGAUGUAAAAAAAGUUACAAAAACGUGAAUGGAAUUAAAUAUCAUACAAAAAAUGGACAUAAAAAUGAUGGAAAAAUGCAACGAGGAUUCAAAUGUCCUUGUGGGAAAUAUUAUAAAACAAUUUACGGUUUAAAAAAUCAUGCAUCGGUACAUCAUGGGAAUUCAGUGAGUGAAACAUUGAAAUUUCUCGAAACCGAAAUGGAAAUUGACGGCAUUAAUCAUCAUCAUCAUCACAAUCAUUAUCAUCAAGAAAUAAAAUUAAAUGACGAGAUAAAAAAUAAUUCAGCAAUAAUGGAGGAUCAUGUUUAUGUGAAGCAAAAUCGUUCCCAUGAGAGAGAUUCAGAGACUUUAGGAAUUAUAACGCCUGCCUCAACGCCACCAUUGUCAACAGCAACAAUAACACAGCAAAAUGCAGGAAAAAUUGAAACAAUUCUUUAUGAUCGGCAAGUACGAUAUUUUGCCGAGGCAAAUUCUGAUCAUUCUUAUAAUAACUAAAAAAAAAGUAAAAAUAGAAAACAGAAAAACCUAGUCAGUUUGGUGAUGGAAUUUUCAGAGAUUAUUAUUUUUUACAAUUUAAAAAAAAAAAAAGAAUAAGCCAGAACUAAAGCAAAAAAUUGUUUUUAAAUUUAAAAAAUAGCAAAAUUGUAUAAAUUUAAUUAAUUAGAAAUAUUUGAAAAAUUAAUUUUUGAAAAAUAUUUGAAAUUUUAUUUUUAAGAAACGCAAUUUUUAGAUUUUUAAUUUUCAAAUGAAAAAUUGGAAAAUUUUAAAGUUCGAUAAGACUGAAAAAAAUAAUAUUUAAAAGUUGAAUGUAUCAACUUUUUGAGUUAAAAAGGGAAACAAAAAAAAUGCAAUAUUAAAAAAAAAGAAAAAGAAAAUGAUCCACGGUUCUGGUUUUUGUAACCUUGCCUUGAAUUUUUGUUUUUUCUUUUCUUUCUUUUUUUUUUCUUAAAGAAGCUGUUUAAUACACGGCUUGGACUGAAUUUAAUAAUAUAAAUAAUAAUAAUAAUCUUAGGCCAAAGACAAACGCUUUAAAAAUUAAAAAAAAAACAAAAAUAAAAGCAUUGGAAGCCUUUGCCAAGUACCUCAAAAAAAAAAUAAAAAUAA